AUGGAGGUUGUGAUGAGUGGGCUUAUGGAUGAAAGAGAGUUUCACAUUUUCCAACUAAUGGCGAGAAUGGUUGAGAUGGUUUUUAACAAACGUGAUGAAUGGGAUCACGAUGAUGUCUUUUUGUUUGGGAAAUUGGCAAAACGAUUCAACAUACUAAUUGAGGAGAACGUUGGUUUGCAUGCCUGUGUUGUAACAGUGCACAAUUUAAUCCAUGUUGAAGAGGAUGUGUUCAGGUUUUCACUUCCAGACAACUAUUGGUGCUUCGCUUUUGAAAGAGCGGUUAAGAAGUACAUUAGUAUUCCCAACAAUCACAAAAAUAGUGAAUGCUCAUUUGCCAAGAAGGAACAGAGAUGA